AGAGGCAGCAAAUAAAACUAAUGUUUAACCUAAUAGAAACAGCAAAAUUAUGAUUGAUUUAUUAAGAAAGAUUUGCAUUUUGUUUCCCUCUUCAUUAAAUUUUUCCCCUGGUAUUUUCCCCUUCCCAGAUCCACGUUCAAUUUAUUGAUAUAUAUAUUAUCCCAUUUCUUGUCCCAUUCAGGAGGACACCUACAGCACACGUUCUGUUUCCACUGAUUAGGGAUUUGUACUUAUCUGGCCAAGCUUUUCCAUUUGGAAGCAAGAGGAAUCAGCUGGAAAUUCAAACAACAAACCCAAAGCAAACCACAAAUGAGUCCAGCUCAAUGGAGGCACCUGCAGUGAUUUAACAUAAAAAUCUUGAGCCUGCCAAGAAUUUUUAAAGUCCAUCCUUAACAAGGACAAUGCUGAUGAGAAAUUGUACCUGUGACUGUUCCAGGAAAGCUCCCCAGCAGCUCUCCAGCCACACCACCAUGGCCAGAUGCUGCUGGAUUUCCUGAGCUGCAAUAUCCUGAGUAUGGCUCACUGUUCUUCAGGAAACUCGUUUGGAUGAGCUUAGGAGUCAAGCUUCAAUGCUACAGGUUUUACCAUAUAAUUCUACCCAACAAAGAUGAAACAUUUCUCCACUCUACUUGCAAUAGAACCAACUUCCAAAGGGAUUUCACAUUAACAACUAAAACACAAACGGGAAUGAGCAUAAAAGAGGGAAGAGAUCUUACAAGCCAAGUUCUGAUCCCCCAAUCUCGUGGACAGAAGCAACUAAACUUCUACAGGUGACACCAGCGACUUGGCAGCGAGCUGGAACUUUGAAGGCUCUUUCUCCCAGAGGGGUAGUUAUGAGAGAAGACAGGAUUUUCCCUCUCUCAUUGCAGUUUUACAGAUCUGUGGCUACCACCCCAUGGAAGUUGGGCUGCACUUCAGGCUGUGUGUGAAGGGACUGUGGAGCCUGCCAUUCCCAGAUCCUUGUCCAGGGAAUGCUGCUGAGGAUGUGGGUGAGGGUCCAUGGUGCUCAGCACAAAAGUCAGGGAAGUCCGUCCUCAUCCGUGGAGUUUUUGUUCUGUUGAUUGAAGGGAGAGAGAAAGCAGAAGGAGAAUUACAAUCAUUGCUCCGAGGUAAUCCCAGCAGAGAUGGGAACUCCUCAGAACGGGAAGUUUGGAUAAUUUGGGAAUCCCUGGAGUUGUUUCCCACUGUGGAAGUUGUCGGUGUGAAGCUGCAAGGGACAGGGAGAAAUCAGCUGCAGUGCCACUGGUGUCUCUGUGGUAAAGGGGAUAUCAACCAGAAGCUGCAAGAGGAUAACCAGGAGCUGAGGGACCUGUGCUGCUUCCUGGACGACGACCGACAGAAGGGCAAGAAGGUGUCCCGGGAGUGGCAGCGGCUGGGCAGGUACAGCGCCAGCGUGCUGCACAAAGAGGUGGCCCUGUACCUGCAGAAGCUGAAGGAACUGGAGGUGAGACAGGAAGAAGUGGUCAAGGAGAACCUGGAGCUGAAGGAGCUGUGUGUGCUGCUGGACGAGGAGAAGGGCGGCGGGGCCGGGAGCCGGAGCUCCAUCGACAGCCAGCUCAGCCUGUGCCAGCUGACGGCGCCCAGCGCCUACAUCCGAGACGUGGGGGACGGCAGCAGCACCUCCAGCACGGGCAGCACAGACAGCCCCGACCACCACAAACACCACCCCAGCCCCAGCCCCGAGCACCUGCAGAAGGCUCGGGGGGAAGGCAGCCCCGAGCACCAGAAGCACCGGAGCAUCAGCCCCGAGCACCUGCAGAAGCCGCGCGGCUCCGGCAGCCCUGACCACCACCUGAAAGGGCCGAGCCCCGAGCACCACAAAGCCGUGGUCAAAGUCCCUGACCAGCAAAAGCACAGCAGCAGCAGCCCAGAAACUAUCCCAAAGCACGUGCUGAGCAGUAGCCCUGAACACUUUCAAAAGCAGAGGCCUGGUGGCAGCCCUGAGCACCAAAAGCACAGCGGUGGCAGCCCAGACCACCUCCAGAAGCACACGCCGAGUGGGAGUACAGAACACCUGCACAAGGUGAGGGGCACCAGCCCAGAGCACCUCAAACAGCACUAUGGAGGCAGCCCCGAGCACCUCAAACACCUCAGCGGAGGCAGCAGGGAAGGGACCCUCAGGAGACAAGUGACAGAGGACCUGUCCCCUCACCACAGGAGUAUUUACAACGGAAUGAAUGAAUCAACCUUGUCCUAUGUUAGGCAGCUGGAGGCCAGAGUAAGACAGCUGGAGGAGGAAAAUCGCAUGCUGCCCCAGGAGCCCGGUAGGAUGCCCGGCGGGGCGGAGGGGCAGCCCUGCCCUGCCCAGCCAGCCAGCGUGGGGGGACACGGCCCGGCCUCUGCGCAGCCUGACUCAGUGGUAAAUGCUCUGAAGGUUGUGUGGAGGAAACUUGGAGAUGCUGCAGGGUCGUGCCCUGGAAUUAGGCAGCACUUGUCAGGAAAUCAGUAUAAAGGACCCAUGUAAUGGCCUCUCCGAAGAGCGAGAGUUUGACGUGCCCACGAGAGGGAAGGAACUGGCUGUCCCCCCAUCCCCACUGACGACGGGGUGUCUGGAUGCGCUGCACGAGCCUCGGCUGGACACCAGAGCUGCUGCCCGGGGGGCUGCCCGUGCCCACAGCGUCCCCUCCUGCUGCUCCAAUCGCCUGCCUAGUGACACGCUGCACCCUCACUGCAACACACCACCCUUAGGAGCACUGAGGUAUCUCCAUCCCAACUCCACAGAUACUUGGGAUUCUGCAGGAGCUGCGCGAAAUGAGUUUUAUUUUGGUUAGUUACAGCGAGUCUCUAAUAGGCCUGAAGGAGUUUCCCGCUGGAUUUGAGAGGGGUUUUUCCACCAAACUGGAGGGACGUGGAUAAACUGUGCCUUUGGUCUCCGCAGUUCUGAGAAAGUCGCUUCUUAGUAACUCCCCCUUCAGUCUGUAAAGGACCCGUUAAUGGUGCUUAGGCAAUUCCCAGGUGAUUUCUUUGCUUUGGUAGAAUAACCUGCCUUUGGAGGUGCUAAAAGACCAUAAAGUCCUAACCAGCCAGUAGUGUAGCAUAACUACAGUCCUUGUAGUGAUCCACAAUUUCUUUCUAAAGGAAAGUCAAGGUAGCUUUCUCUUGAUGCACAUCUUCUGAAGAAGUGUAGGGUGUUGGCAGCCCUUUAAGUGAACAGAAUACUUAGGCAUCACUAUCACAGGUCUCAGAUCAGAAUCUCCAUCAGAAUUUCUUUUGGGAAGUAUUUUCCAGUUGUCAGGAUGCUAAUUUCUAACUGUUUAGUUUAGAGACAUGCUGGUUUAUUUAACAAGAGCCUAUAAGGAUCUAAAAGAUUGCACUGCAUUAUUAAAAAAAAAAAAGCUUUCCUUGCCACCGUAGAGUUCUUUCAAAGAAAAAGGGUUUUAUUAUCCUCAGAGCAUGUCUUUCAUUAUUAGGAGGCAGAAAGCUCUUGUUCAGAUUGCCUGAGAUGUGACCAGACGGCGCCCUAGAUGUGCUUAGUUUAUUUUUAUCUCUGUGUAUGACACUAGUCGUGUGUAUUGAACUACAACAUAGGUAUUUUGUGUAUAUCUAAGAGCAAUGAUAGUUUCAUGUAUGAAUGUGCAACAGGCUUGUGACUGAAUGGCUGUUGCUUAACUUUUUACCAUAGCUGAGCGUCAAAAAGAGACUAAUAAAAAAUAAUAAUAAUAAUAAAAGGAAAAAAAAAUAGGAAUGCAACAAUUCCUGGGUUUCUGGUUUGUUCUUGGUUGCGAAGAUUUGAGCCGAAGCGAGAAGCUCUGGUUUCUCUGGGCUUGGACAUCCUGUACCCGUGGGCUGUUUGCUGUGGAAUGUAGCUUGGUGGCUGUACAAUCUUCUGUCAUAUAGCUGAUGUAAAUCUGCUACCUGUCUCCAGCCAAACUGUGUUAAUUUGCAGCAGUAAUUCUGUUGGGUUUUGUUGUUAUUUCCCCUUGGUACCAUUGGAUGUAAGGCCUCUGAUCCAGCGUUGCUUUCUUGGGCAAAGCUGCCUUUCACUCCUUCUCCUUGAGUUGGGAAUGCAGAAUCCAGCCUUCUGUUUGAAACAUGGCACUCCUGCGUGAUUUCUGACAUAGAACCCAGCCCAGGCAGCUGUGUGUUAUCUUCCCACGUUGUUUUCUCCCACUGCACAGUUGGGUUGCAAUUGUUGUAUUCCUAUCUCUGUGUGUAUGAACAGCUGUGACACCUGUACUUGUGCCUGCAGGGGCUCCUCGAGGGACACCGGUCUUUUGACACUUCACUUGUGUAAAUUUUGAUACUGUAUUAAAACUAUUUUUUUACAGUUCUGCAUACGAUGGGGUAUCAAGUAUCUGUGUUCAUCUUAGCAAUGGUAAUAAAUUAUAGAAUCCCACCCUUGUUUGCUCUCCUUUCCUGACCAAAGCUGCGAGGGGCAGUUUGCCUUGAAGGAGCUGUUGGAAAUGUUUCCUGCCUGCUUGAGAAAUUAGCUGCACGUCGUGCAUUUUUCUUCCUUUUCUUGCCAGGUGUCU